UGACGCGAUCAGUGGCAAAGGAGCGUCGGUGUGCUGGCGUUGGGCGGUCGUCAACCCGUGUCAUGUGAGGGCUGCUGCCGUCGCAAGAUCAGCGUGGCUCAGCUGUUUCCGAAGGCGGCGGCGGCAAUGACGUGCACGUGAGGCUAACCGGAAAGGCAGGGCGAGAUGCGCGAAGCCGGCUGCGUCGGGUGUCCGCCGCUGAACGUCGUCGGCACCGUGGCCCGCGCGUUCGGCGCGCUCUUCUUCGCCUGUGUCUUUCAGCAGCAUCUCAUGGCCUCGCUCUACAUCGCCGCGCUUUUCGUGGCCCUCGCUUGCUACGCCAUCCACCGAGCAGCUCUACCGCGCGUCGACGACGCGCUCGCCGCCGAGGUGAUUCUCGGAGAUCAACGCGGUGCUGGCGACGCCCCGCUGCCGCUGGUGUUCGCGCACCGCGGCGGCGGUCACGACGCGCCCGAGAACACCCUGGCAGCCAUCCGGGAGGCGAAGCGCAACAACGCCUCGGGAAUCGAGUUCGACCUCUCCUUCACGCAUGACAGCGUCGCCGUUCUGUUCCACGACGAGACCCUCGAGCGCACCACGAACGGCGAGGGACCGCUCGCUGCCAUAACCUUCGAAGCCCUGCGCCGACUCGACGCGGCCGCCAAGCACCCUUUCGCCGAGCGCUUCGUGGACGAACGCGUGCCGACGCUCGAAGAAGGCGUCGAAGAGUGCCUCCGCCUCGGCCUACGGCUCAUCCUGGACGUGAAGGAGUACGAUCACCGAGCCGUCACCCUCGUCGAUGAGCUGUUUCGCAGGCGGCCCGAGCUCUAUCGACGGGCGCUCGUCGCCUCCUUCUACCCGCAGUUCAUCUACGCGCUCCGGCGCCAGAACCCGGGCAUCGUGACGGCGCUCACUUGGCGACAGGGGUUCGUGGCGUACGACGACAUCGAGAACCUGCGUCCGCGCUUCAAGUCGUACACCAAGCACCUCCUGGCGCGUGUCGGCGACUGGCUGCUGGACCGGGCCCUUCAUGGCGGCCUGCUGUCGUACCUGACCGGAGCCUCGGCCGUUCUCAUCUGCAAGAACGUGCUGAGCGCCGAGUACGUUCGGUCGUGGCGCGACCAGGGUAUGCACCUCCUCGCGUGGACGCCCAAUCACCCGGCCGAGAAGGACUUUCUUCGCAAGGUUCUUCGGGUGCCCAUCAUCACCGACACUUUGCGCCACGCCUAGACACGCCCGACGCUUUUAACUCCCUUUCCAACGCACAUAAUUAAUCUCUUUUCUCGGAUAGUCUUCACAAAUUGCUGGUGCAUGCGCUCGUAAUGUCGGUCAAGCGAAUAACACUGUUGCAUGACUGGGUUUGCGAAUUAGUGCGAAACUUCUUGCAUGUGCUUUAAGGGCCGCUGCAUUUAACAUACUGAUAACCCUACAGUGACCCUUCGUGGCACUCUUUUUUACGUACUUUGCAAGAUUGCGAUCUUUUUCCGCCUCUUAGAAGUGAUAACAUGUGAAUGACGGAUGCAGUACAUAACAAUCCCGUAGUAGAUUUUUAACGAAGCUUCAUAUGCAUGUUUUGAUAAAUGCAUAACUCAUAAUGCAAUGCUAAAAAAUUUCAUAUCAUUGUGAAAGCAAGCAACAGAGGGAACAAGAGGAUUAUGAAUUCACUUUUUCAUGUUUUCGACAUUUAGAUUUAUACUGCGUGACAUUUUUUGCCUGAGGGUAAAACUCAAUACACGAGUGAAUUUCGAGUUUUGAAUCAAUAACUGUGUGCGCUGUGAGUGGAAAGAUCAGCCUUGCUUACUUGUGGUCAACAAGCUUUAACGAUUUAUGAAAGUGACAGUAGUGUUGCACAAACAUGUAUUCUUUAAUUUUGUUUUAUCCUGCGAAGAUAGUAUCAUUAUGCCACAAUGUUUACAAACAUUACCAUUGACUUUGAACAAAUCUUAUAUGUGACUGCGUUUUCGUUUACAGAACACAAUCUGUCAUUCAUGCUUUCUGGUUCCUAUUGAGAAUGGCACUAACCUAAACUUACUUAACUUAAAGCAGCAAAACUUUGGAGCUGUAAGUAACCUCUUGCGCAAUCUUGCAGCUUGUGUUGCUCUUGUUGCAGCCAACUUAGUCCUGGCUGACAUUUUUCUGCACCGGUGAUCUCUGCAGAGCCUUCUGCACUUUCACAGAUAAAAGUCGGGGGCCCUCACCAGUGAGUACCAAAGUCCUUGAUAGGAGGGGGUACCUAGAAGUUGCUGGAGUACUCUCCUUGACACAUGCAUGCUCUGUAAUUCACUGAACAAGCCCUUAGGAAAUACCAGAUUAUUUCCUUUCUGCGUCGGCAUGCAUGCUUCCAUAUUGUUUUAGGUUCCGAGUUGGGUGUUUGAUUCUGUGAGAGAACAUGCAAACAAUCUUUCUCUCAUCUGGGGCAAGCUCAAACACUGCAGCGGGAGUGCACAUGUGAGCUAGUUAGCGACUUAGCUUAGUGGAAAAAGAAAUCGUGCAAACGCAGCACGACGACAGCUUAAAGAUGGGACAUGGCGCUGACUACCAAACUGUUGGUUUAUUGUGCUGACUGCAGGCAGUACUUGUAUAGUUGGUAGCCAAUGCAGCCAAUGCUUUGUACUGCAUGUUUUAGCUGACAUCCCAUGCUCGCGUUUGUUCACUACAAAAGGUGCCCUGGCUUCAGUUGGAGAUAGCCCAAGAUUUAAAAAAAAAAGUUAAUUGUGUGUUUUUAUGUGCCAAAACCACUUUCUGAUUAUGAGGCAUGCCAUAGUGAGGGACUCUGGAAAUUUAGACUACCUGGUGUACACAAGUGUAAGUACACAGGUGUUCCCGCAUUUCGCCCCCAUCAAAAUACGGCCCCCGUGGCUGGGAUUCGAUCCCGCGACCUCGUACUUAGCAGCCUAACACCAUAGCCACUAAGCAACUGUGACAGGUAGCCCAAUAUUUGUUCACGGGACAUCUGUAAUAGGUACUUUGAUGUGAAACUAGCAAAACAGUUCAACAAUGCCAUUUGAUUUGUUCAAGAAACAUUAAUGCUUUUAUUAUUCCUGCCAACCAUUGCCAAACUAGGCCGUGGUCUGUUUUCAAAUGAAGCAUUACCUACCUUUGAAAUGGGGAAAUAAAGGUGGGAACAUUAGGCUGCAUGUCUACUGAAAAAGCAUCGUAUAUUUAGGCAAGUGAAAGCAAAGAACUGCUUGAGGUUCAAUCUGUUCUUAAAAAAAAGUUAUUGCAUAUCCAGACAGAGGGGUGCAUUUGCUACUGGAAAAGGCACUCACUUCCACAAACACCAUCAUUUUCAUCUGUACUAUCGUGGAAUCAUUCAUACCAGCUUUUACGGAGAGCAUAUUAUAGUGCCUUUGUCCCUUUAACAGUCGUCUAGGUAUGCAGAAAAGUUCUGCAUAUAUCUUGCAGAUUUAGUAUGGUUAAAUACAGCCAUCAGCUGAGCAAAUAAAAAGACUUAAUUUUUUGAAGAUUUUCGUUACUUGCUCAGGCAAACACUUCACUACAACCCCACCAGCAGAGCAUGUCAAGCACAAUUAUAGAGCUAAUUGUUUUACAUAUACUGUGUGCUUGCAGUAUACCCAGCUGUUUGGGAGACUUUAGCUGGGACACUGUAACAAUUUGGUUGCAACACUACGGCUUCUUGCACUUCAUCAGUGGUGCAAGUAGUGCUUUGCAGCUGCCAGUCAUGAAUGCUGGAUGAUAUAAGAGGAAUGGAAUCAAGUUAAAGUAAUCCUUACAUUAUAGUGGUGUUCCGUUUCACAUUAGUGCUAAAAGCAAGAAUUCUUCUGCUGGCAUUUCUAGAAACGACAGAGAUGUCUAUCUUCGUGAGCUGUUUUUAGUACAAUAUGUGUGCGAUAGCAGUUUCACAGAACACAUCCCACGAAAGUGUCUAAGCUGAUUACUAUAGAUUUUAGUAGACUUUUCUGUUUUUGUUCUUUUUUUUUCCUGUUUUGUUUUCUUUAUGAGCACAUAAUGCUGACGUUCAAAAAUCAUGUCUAGAAUUGUGGAACACAGUGAGUGAAGGGGUUAGAAGUCUGUUUCAAGGUGCACCUAAUGUGCAAGGCUAAGGCAGUGCUCUUAAGCGGCAUGUUCCUUGAACACGAAAGAACAGUUGUCUUUUGGGUACCCCCUCGCAAUCUUUCAUGUGGAACUUUCAGUAUGCAUAUCAGUGUGACCUCCAAUCAUCAGCGGUUGUUUUGGGCAGCUUGUCCUUCCAUGAAGCAAUAAUCAUUUUGUUUUUCACCCGGUCUAAAUGUUUUUUUAAUGGUUGUCAGUGUCGAAUUGUGCAGCUGCGUACAAACUUUUUUUGCUGUCACGUGGAUGUGUUUCAUCAUUGUGACAUUUAUUUUCUACAUCUGUCAGUGUGAUCCACUGAUAUUUGUGUUCUUGUUUAAGCAUUGCAGUUCUCUCACCUGGAGCAUUGAGUAAAUAAAUGACCAAAGUGUGGUGUCACUCGAAGCAUCCCUUCGAUGUCUUGCAACUUGUGAAGCUUUUCUGUUUUCAAAAUAAAGAAAUCGCUUCGUGAA